GGCAGCGACGGGGGUCGCUCCGCUGGCAGAGCGCAGGACCGGCAGCGGGGAAUCGCCGCCCGCGGCCCGGGCUGGCCAGGGGAGGGCGAACCACCCCGACACCCACCUGCGCCCGGGGGGAGCCGCCUCCGGGCUGGAAGGAGGAUGCAGGAGCGAGCCCGGCUCGGGGCCGCGUAAGGAUGCGUCGCCCUCUGGCGGAGCUCUCAGCUCACGGGUGUUGGAAAAGCUCCUCCUCCCUGCCCUGCCCCUUUUGGCUUCAAACCUGAUUCCUCCCACGCGAUGGCCCAGGCAGGGGGAGUCAUGCGCUUCUGCCCCGAAGGAGACUGCACUGUGUCGCCCACGAAGUUCACCCGCAACCUGGAUCGGAGGCCCUGGCUGCCCACCGCCAAGAGCAUGGAGUCCGCUGCCUCCAGCCCGCACCGCUGCCUCACGCCCAAUCUCAGCACGGGCAGGAUCCAUUUACUGCGCAAGAGCCUGGCUCCUGAGGCCUGGCGGUGUCAGCUGGGCAUGUAUAACAGCACCGGCUCCUUAAUCCGCAAGGCACCAGAAGCUGGCCCCUUUGGCAAUGGCAACUGCCCAAGCUCUGGGCGGGUGACAGCACCGUGCACCCCGCUGAGAAGCAGGCAAAACUCCUUGCUGUCCUCCCCGGGCAGCCGCAGCCCACUGGUGGCCCCGGCGCCCGAGGGACAGAGCUCCGUGGUGACGUUCCGCUUUAUUGAAAAGGCCAGCGUGAAAACCCUCAAUGGCCUCCCAUCGGGCGAGCCCAGGAGGGAGAAUGGGCCAAGCCCCCACGGCCUGAGCCGCAGCUUGGAGUUCGGGGAGACCGUCCACUGCGGUUCCAGCAAAGAGGGGAGCUCCUGCCCCACCAUGCAAAGCCAGCCUUCCCCAGGCAGCAGGCAGGGCAUAAGCGAGAGCCUGUGGCUGACAGCCCGGCCGCCCACAUGUGGCUCUGUGAGCGGGCAUCCUGGCAGCACAUGCACCCCGCCAGCCCAGAACAGCCCAUUCCAGGAGCACCUCAGUCGGAAGCUGAAGCUGGAGGUCUCUGCCUCGGAUCCGUUCCUGGCCGGUAGCCGCUCUCCUGUGGGCAAGCAGCCCUCUCUGAGUACUGGCAACGGAAGGGCAGCAGGGCACCCCCAUGCUCUGAACACCAACUGCCUCUUCAGCUCCCUCUCCAAUGGGCUGGGGACACCAUCUGAGCACAUCUCGGCGCUCCUGCGCAACCCCUUGGGCAUGGAGCCCCACGACCAGGGGGGCUCAUGGGCGUAUUCCCGGGAGAGCUCAGCCCAUGCCCAGCGCAUUGCCAAGGCCAAGUGGGAAUUCUUCUAUGGCUCGUUGGACUCUCCAGGGACAGGCACCUCCCCCCAGACACCUCUUGAGUCUCCGUCACUGGCAAAACCCCUGCAGAAGCCCAGCCACCAGCUGCCACCAGAACCAGAGAAGCCAAUGGCGGAGCGCAGCUUGUGUCACAUCGAGGUGGAAAUAGAGAUGGCUCCUGCAGGUAGUAAGAAGCCAGGAUCCUGUGAAACCGGCAUCAUAAGGAGGACGGUGAAGUAUUCAGAGACGGAUCUGGACUCAGUGCCGCUGCGAUGCUAUCGCGAGACCAACAUUGAUGAUAUCCUGGCUGAGAAGGACGAAGGGGAUUCGGCCAUCGAGAGCCAGAAGGACAGCGAGAGCAAUCCGAGUGUCACAGGAACCCUGGGGAGAAGGAACAGUGUGACAGAGGACCCCUUUCCCCAGCACAGGGGAGAGCAGGAUGGAAAGUGUCUGAGGAACGGGAUGCAGGGCGAAGAGAUGGAUGAGGAUGACGAGGUGUUUGAGGCGACGAGGCAGGAGAACGGGGGCAGGAUCGUGGACAGAGAUGAACAGUGCCUGCUCAAGUCACCAGUGCCCUUCCUUCUGGGACACAGCCUCUCCAAGGAUGGGAUGGACUCUUUCAGCAAGCAUUUUGAGAGCAUCAUGGAGUCCCAUCGAGCCAAGGGGACAUCCUACACCAGCCUAGAUUCCAUUGACGUCCUCUCCUCUCCAGCCCGUACCCGUGGUACCUAUUUCACCUUUGACCUCCCAAACCUCACCCCAGAAAUACAGGACCAGAUCCGAGACAGCGCCAAGCUGAUUGAGCAGAAUUUUGCCCCUCUGGCCCACCUGGAGCCAGAUUCCGGAACCAGCUCUGCCACUGAUGCCCUCUGGAGCGAGAGGGAAGAGGAGCGGGGGAGAAGGGGGAAGAAUGGCUUUCACAGCCCCUGCCGCUCGGAGGACAGCUUUGGACUGCCCCUGGCCUCCAUCAUAAGGUGGCGCUUCAUGUUUGUAAAUGUGCAGCCAGACAGCCACCCUCCAGAUUACAGAAUGAGGUGCUGGUCUCCUCUGCUCAUCAGUGACCAUCCUCUGAGUCAGCUGGUCUCGGACUCAGACUCCGAGAUGGACAGCACGGAGCAGCUAGCGCUGGGCAGCACAGACACGCUGUCCAACGGGCACAAGGCCGACCUCGAGGCUGCCAAGCGCCUGGCAAAGAGGCUCUACAACCUGGAUGGAUUCAAAAAAGCAGACGUGGCUCGCCAUUUGGGGAAGAAGUACGUUAAUGAGUUCAGUAAGAUGGUGGCUGGGGAAUAUCUGAAAUUCUUCGUGUUCACUGGGAUGAGUCUGGACCAGGCUCUCAGGUCCUUUCUGAAGGAGCUGGCCCUGAUGGGGGAGACUCAGGAGAGAGAGCGAGUCCUGGCUCAUUUUUCACAACGCUAUUAUCAGUGCAACCCCAAUGCUGUCUCCUCUGAGGACGGAGUCCACACGCUGACCUGUGCCCUGAUGCUCUUAAACACAGACCUCCAUGGGCACAACAUAGGGAAGAGAAUGUCCUGCUCUGACUUCAUUGGGAACCUGGAAGGCCUCAACGGAGGGAGUGAUUUCCCCAGGGAGCUGCUCAAGGCUUUGUACAGCUCCAUCAAGAAUGAGAAGUUGCAGUGGGCCAUUGAUGAGGAGGAGCUGAGGAAGUCGCUCUCUGAGCUGGCCGACCCCAACCCCAAAUCCAUCAAGCGCAUCAGCAGCUGCAGUAACCCCUUCCUGGACUUCUCUCAGGACCCCAGCAUCGCCACCUACAAGUACGGCCUGCUGGUGCGCAAGAGCCAUGCGGACUCCGACUGCAAGAAGACCCCCAGAGGGAAGAGAGGCUGGAAGACUUUCCACGCCAUCCUGAAGGGACUGAUCCUCUACCUGCAGAAGGAGGAAUAUAAGCCCGGGAAGCCCCUGGCAGAGGAGGAGCUGAAGAAUGCCAUCAGCAUUCACCACGCGCUAGCCACGCGGGCAUCCGACUACAGCAAGAGACCGAACGUCUUCUACCUCAGGACAGCCGAGUGGCGGGUCUUCCUGUUCCAGGCCCAGAAUACAGAACAGAUGCACUCCUGGAUCACACGCAUCAACGUGGUGGCAGCCAUGUUCUCUGCUCCCCCGUUCCCCGCGGCCAUCGGGUCCCAGAAGAAGUUCAGCCGGCCCCUGCUGCCCAGCUCUACCACCAGGCUGUCCCAGGAGGAGCAGGUGAAGAGCCACGAGUCCAAGUUCAAGGCUAUGUCGGCAGAGCUGGUGGAGCAUUGCUCCUCGUUGCCCGAGAAGAAGGUGAAGGGCAAGGAGUACGAGGAACUGAAGCAGAAGGAGGAGUACCUGGAGUUCGAGAAAACACGCUAUGGCACCUAUGCCAUGCUGCUGCGCGCCAAGCUGAAAGCCGGCUCCGAGGACCUGGCGGCCUUCGAGGCCACGCUGUUCGACGCAGCCAUCAGCGAGGAGGACAGCCUCAAAAAAUCCCGCUCCAGCCCCUCCCUCAACCUGGAGCCACCUAGUACGGGCACCAAGGUCAAGCGCAACAUCUCGGAGCGCAGCAGCCGCCAUCCUGCCAACAACCUGCAGAAAUCCUAGACGGGCAGCGCCUUGCCAGCCAGCCCCGGGGGCAGCCGGGCCCUUGCCAACGAGAAUCUGCAUGACUUCAUCCUUCGUGGGCACAAGCCAUGGGGCUGACAGCUCUCACCCAGCCACCAGCACCAGCCCAUGCCAGCUCAGCAUGGAACCAGAGCCCUCCACCGACUCCAUUGGAAACACAUGCCGUGCGAUGCCGUCUCCAGCCCCUGGCCACCGGGCUCACACUACAGGACUUAACCCCCCCACCCCCAAUUCCCUGGGAACUGGGUGCAAGUUUCCAGAGUGGGGAAAUAACCAAAAACCAACCACUGAGCUAAAUUCUUCAGUGUAAAAAGCAAAGCAGCGCUCUCUCCUGCUCAGGCCCCCCACCACGGUUUCUAGGACAGACAGACUCGGGGAGACAACCCAAGUGGGGCCCUUUUAUACAGCCUCACUGCAGCCCUGGCCACCCUAGGGGCCAGUUUCUUUAAAGCUGCCAGAUGGGCAGAGCCCUGGCCGCUCCCUGUGAUGCCCUCCCUCCCCCAUCUGCUGGUUUCUUACGGUUUUGAACGUUUUUGUGAUACAGUUUUGCACUUUUUAGUACUUGACUGAGCUGACUUACAGGGAGUUUUUGGGGGGUAAUUUUGAUGCUUUUUUGGGAACUGUAAAAACAAACCCCAAGCUCUCCAAGGCAUUUGUUUCCUAGAGCUGCUGCAGGUUUUCUGUGACUGCGGGGAGUGGAGGCCCAGCCCCACCCGCAGCCGCUAGCCUAGCACUAGUUUUCUGUGUUGCACAGAGGAGCUGCCUAGUUCUGCACAGCCCCACUCGUGCCACUGGACUGGCUUGUGCCCCUUAGGCAGCAGCUGGCACCUGCCCUCCCCAGGGCACAGGAAACAACCACCAGCCAAGUCCGGCGUUCCAGCCCUGGAUGCAGCUGUACGGUGCAGGGUAGGAAGAGGCUAAGCAAGCCUUGACUCAGCCAUGAAGCCAUAACGAGGGGCCAGGGUGGUGUCUCGUGAGCACACAGUGCCCCUUCGGCUCAUCAUAGUGCAGAUCACUGUGGACAGGCGACACGGGUGGCUUUCCCCGUUGCCUAGCUGGCCUAGCUCGGGGCAUGGUGAGGUGAGGAGGGAAGAGCAGGGUUAUUUUGAGAGCUGGAAUUCAAUCUGCGCCUGCUGGCCAUGUCCCCUGAAGGCUCCUCUCUGCCCUCUGCUGGAGGGGCUAUGCUAGUCCUGCCCCUCUACCUCCCACCUGAAAGGGCUCAGAGGCUGCAGCUCUGGAGCUGGUGCCCAUGAAUGUCACACCCAGGCCCUGCCUCUCACAAGCCUUUUCCAGCAUUAAAGGUCCUUGUCCAUCCCUGACAACUGGAGGAAUAGCAAGAGGGGAAGGGCUGGGACAGUCUAGGAACAAAGCCGGAGCUAAAGAGGAGCUUUGUCCCCAGCUUGUUGUGGUUACUGGAGGCUCCUCUCCCUUGCGGGGAGCAGCAUGAGCUCUAGCCCAGGAGCUCGCCUGCCCAGGCUGCGGCCAACCAUCCCAGCAGCAUGCCUGGGGCUGGGGGCAAGGGGAUCCUGUCCCCAACAGGGGGCUGGAUCAAUGCAUGGUCAGCUGCAGCUCAGGGCUGAGCUGCAGCACAAGGGUGCAGGCUCAGCCAGUGGGAAAUCCAGGGGCCAACAGGACUGCACCUACCCAGGGACCUUGGUCAAUGGCGGCAGGACAGCCACGCCCCCUGGCUGCCCUUCGCCCCGACUGCGAAUGUGUCUCUUUUUAUUCUGCUCUUUCGAGUCUAUUGCAAAAAAUCUUUGUACAGCUUCUUCCAUCAGUUACUGAAGUAAAACCUGCUCUUAA